CUAUCGGAAGAGUCUGAAGUUGCUCACAGUUGCUCACAUAUUGCAACAUGAAGCUGUUAGAGAUGGAAUCACCGUGCAUGUCUUCCACGUGAGAUGCCAUUGCCUGCCCACUGUAGCAAUUUCUCCCUUACAGUGUCUUAGAGGAUUAAUGAGAAGUUGCAGACAAUGUCUAGUCGGGUGUGCCAGCACUGCGGUUGCAGUGAGAUCGACACGGAUGCUGCCCGUGGUGACGCCGUGUGCACCAGCUGUGGGUCUGUACUGGAGGACCAGAUCAUUGUCUCAGAGGUCCAGUUCCAAGAAAACUCAAUAGGUGGCACCUCUGUCAUUGGGCAGUAUGUGUCUGCGGAAGGGAACAAGUCGCACAGCAUGGGCAGUGGUUUCCAUCAUGGUUUUGGAAAGGAAUCCCGGGCUGUCACUUUGCAAAAUGGAAAAAGAAAUAUCCAACAGCUGGCCUCACAGUUGAAGCUGAAUCAACAUUGUAUAGAAAUAGGUUACAACUUCUUCAAAAUGGCUGUCAGUAAGCGCCUGACAAGGGGAAGAAAAACCAAACACGUUAUAGCAGCCUGUUUAUAUUUAGUUUGCAGAACAGAAGGCACCCCACAUAUGCUGUUGGAUUUUAGUGAUAUACUCCAAGUCAAUGUUUACACACUGGGGAAAACAUAUCUCCACUUGUCUAGAGAACUGUGUAUAAAUGCACCAGCUAUUGAUCCAUGCCUACUCAUUCAAAGAUUCUCCCACAAGCUGGACUUUGAAGAGAAGACACAUGAUGUAUCGAUGACAGCACUGAGAAUUGUACAGAGAAUGAAAAGAGAUUGGAUGGCAACUGGCAGACGACCAUCUGGACUGUGCGGGGCAGCUCUGUUUGUUGCCUGCAGAAUUCAUGAAUGUUACCGCACAAUGAAGGAGAUAAUCAAAGUAGUCAAAGUUUGUGAAGCUACGUUAAGGAAGAGAUUAACAGAGUUUGAAGACACACCCACUAGUCAACUGACCAUAGAUGAAUUCCAGAGGAUAGACCUGGAGGAGGAGCAGGACCCACCUUCUUUUAAGAAAAGUCGCAGAAAGGCCAAGGAGCAAGCAUCACUGGAGGAAAGUGGCAAGUUGUCAGAGGUUGUCAGUGAAGUGAGCAGCAUUCAGAAAGAAAUAGAACAAGCACUGGAAGCUAGAAUGAAGAAGAGAUGGGGAAAAGAGAUGGCCAAAGCAGAAGCAAUGCAGAAUUCACUUGUAGAAUCAUCAAAGGACCAAGAUUGCUUAGCAGAAGACGAGGAUCUCAUUCCAUGUGGUUCAAUAAUCAAUGACGAAACAAUCGAAGCUGUACUCAGCGACCCCACAAUUACCUCAGAUAAUGGAAUCUCAGAACUGGAGGGUGUCACGUCUUCGGAACCUCUUACAGAUUUAAGUGAGGACACAACAGACAGCACUGACACUGAUGUACAUAAUUUAGAAAAACAGGAAAUGGAUAGCUUAUUGAUGCCACCGCCCACGUAUUUGACGCCCGGACAGAAACUGGCCUCUUUACGACCCACCGCGGCUAGUUUAGGUUUGAUGGAAAGUGUUCAGGAGUGUUUGAAGGAGGAGGAUUCUGUGGAGAAAGAAGAAGAAGAGAAUGGAGAUCAAGAAGAUGGUGAGUUGGAUCUUGAAGGCAUAGAUGAUGACGAAUUGGAAAAGUUUAUCCUUAACGAGGAGGAAGUGAAAAGGAAAACUGAAAUGUGGAUAAAACUGAAUGCAGUAUAUAUACAGGAGCAAAAAGAGAAAGAAGAAAAAGAAGCAAGAGAAAAAGAAUUAGGAAUAACAAAGCCUGAACCCAAAAAGAAAAAACAACACAAGAAGAAGAAGCAACAAUACCCAGCCAACAGUGCAGAGGAAGCUAUACAGAAAAUGCUGCAUGAAAAGAAAUUCUCGAACAAAAUCAACUAUGAAGUUCUCAAAGAUCUGAACAGGGUGUCUGAAAGCAAGCAGGUUAUAGUGGCGGAGCCCGUCCUUGGUGCCAGUACCCCAGUGAAGUCUGGGAUAGGAACCCCAGAUAGUAAAAGAUUUAGAAGGACCAGCUUAUCAAUAGACUCGAACACAGCUGAACAAUCCCGGAAAGAACCACCUAUUAAAAAGGUUAAAGUUGAAGACAAAGUCACAGCUGCAGUCAUUGUGGAAACUGGACCUGUGGACUAUGCCAAAGAAGAAGAAGAAGCAGAGGAGGAGGAGGAGGAAGAGGAGGAGGAAGAGGAACACAUCAGUGCAGCCACACUACUGGGGCAUGGGGCAGAAAUGGAAGAUUACCAUGAUGGGUAUGAUGUGGAUGAUUUGGAUUAAUUGCUGCAGUGGACAGGACAUGGUUUAUCUGAAUAUUACUUGCUGUUUCUCCAGAAAUUAAAUGAAAAAUUGGACUAUCUGGGCUACAGCUAUCUAGCCACUGAAAAGAAUUGAUAAAAGUUUACAUCGCAUGCUGAUGAUGGUGAUAUUUUUCUUGUAACUUAAAGCAGUGAGAAUGACCCAUAUAAUAGACUAUUGAAAAAAUGAUAUGUGAUAAGAAAGGUAUCAUGAAUUAUACAUGUCGUUUAUGAAAUUUUUAAAGAAGUAAUCUUUUAUUCAGUAUUAUUUUUGGUACUUGAAAGACUUUGGAAGGAAAAAUUACAUUUUGGAAAUAUCCAACAAUAAUAAAAGUUCUUUAAUCUUUGUAAGCUUAUAAGUCGUAAGGUUUGCUUGCUCCAAUUAUAUACAUAUUCUAAGUAUAAUUUAGGAUCAAUUCCCAUGGUUUUCAGAUGUAAUUCUGUUGUUCAUAACAAGAUAAACAACAGUUCUAUGGUGUUUUGAGCAUUGAAAUGGUGGCAAACUGGACAACAUGCUGGGGUAGCGCUAACACUCGCCAAUUUAGCCAAAUGGUAAAACUGACUUAAAUUGGCUAAAGAAAAAGGGCAUGAUUUGACAUGUUUUAGCCAGAUUAUAACCAUUUUAGGAACAAUUUGACAAAAAUGAGGUGAUUUGGCUAAACGUAAAUAAUUGCUAGCACUACCCCAGACAUGGUUUAGCUUAUAUUGGACACUGAUGCUGGAAAAAGCAGGAUGAAAUAUCAUUUUUGACUUUAUAAAAUUAGAUAGCUUGUGAAACUACAUUUUGGCAGGUAACUGUAUUGCACAAACUAUGAAUGAAUAUUUGUUGUUUUUUGAAACUUAGAUCAUUGCAAGAGUAUUAUCGUUUAUUUCCAAGUGAAAUGUUAAUUGAUGACUGAUGUAAUGAGAACAAUCUGUAUCGUAGAGUACUUUUUAAAAACCCCGUACUGUGAUGUGUAAUUUGAAAAAGUGGUGUCAUACGGAGACAUUUUUGUGUAUAACAGCAGCAGAAAGUUACCUCUAUAGUCUUUUGCUCAAAAUGAAACUUAAAACAUGAGUAGCAUGCUUAAAUUUUACUGGUAAUGUUUUUCUUUCUUUUUAGAGAAAAUUUCAUAUUGACACUUUUUUUGUGGUUUAGGAGUAGCAAAAGGGCCAACAAACAUUUGGGCAGUCACAUUGUAUGAAUUGUUAAGUGUAAUUGGUUAGUCAAAAGUGCACAUAUCUGUUAAGUGUCUUUAUUACUUUGAGCAAGGGUUAACGUAUUUAAAGUUGAUUUGGUACAUGUGUUUUGUUUUAAGAUGGAAUUUUACUAGGUUUAUCAGCAAAGUUUGUUUUUUAUUUUGGGAAUAAUUUUUAAAUUGUCAGUUUUAGAACUUAAUCCAUCCGUAGUCUGCAUGACCAAGAAUCUUUGAAAAAAAGUAGUUAUUUAUAAAAAAGAUUUCUUUUCAUUAUUUUACACUUAAAAAUUUAAAAUGGUAGA